UCCAUUCACAUUUUCACCCUUUUCAGGUCGUCAUAUCCACUGGUAUUACCUAAAAUUUAACAUUUACGCUGGUUCGCAUGGCUUUAACGGUUCCAAAAGUUCAGCCGCAAUCGUGCGACAAAAGUAAUAACAAGUAACAGCAGUUGUCCCAUAUUUUUAUUUCCUUAACUAUCUGGCCAUUUUAACGCAUCAGUUUUAGAAAGUACCUUUUCUUAAUUUUCUGAGAUUUACACGUUUAUACAAUCGUAUAGUAUAAUAUUUUAAUAUUCGACCUUUUUGGGGGUGGGGGGAACUUGCAGCUGUUGAUGUGGUUAAGCGCCGUGUUAACCACCUUCUCGUUCGGCAGUUAACCUUUUUUUUUUAAUUAUUGCGGUUGUGAUUGAUCCGAUCGUAAUACACAAGGCCAUAUUUGAAGAGGAAAUUUGUACUCUGUAACCUUUUCGCUAGAUUGUUCGUAGGAUCCCGGUGACAAUUCGGUUCGGGUUCAUUGAAGACAACCGCCAACAUUGAAGCCAAGGUUAUUCAAACUUGUGCCAUCAAAUACAGGUCUGCAUCGUGACCGUGAAGAUGUCGUGUAUUUAUACUUCGGUUAGGGUUUUUUUUUUCUUUCCCCGAUGAGGUUUAUCUGUUUUCCCAAGUCGUUUGAAAUUAUUGUCAUGUUGGUAGCGCUUUCUUCGAUGCGCAUCCAAGUAUUACAGUACCGUAUCAGGGUUAACGACCUGAAAAAAAGAAACAAUUAACACCAAGAGCUGUUUUGCUGGGGAUGUCCCCAUGCGAGUUACACCCGUCCAAGGAGAGGUUCGUAGUCAGUGUCCAGCCAACCCACGAGCAGGCAACACACGACAAAAUGAAGUUGGUCAACAUUUGCUUCCUAUCUCUCGCCAUUUUCGUCAGUUUCUCCUCAGCCCAAGAGGAGACGGUGGAAGAUCUCACCAAAUUCAAGGACUAUAAGAAACGACACAAGAAGACCUACACCGGAGCGCUAGAGCGAGUUCACUUUAAACGCUGGAAAAAGAGGAGGGCCGUCAUCGAUGAUCACAAUAACCAAAAUCGCCCUUUUGUUCUAGGCGAGAAUAUUUACGCAGAUCUAAGCGAGGAAGAGUGGGAUACCUACCUAAUGGGCGUGAAAAUACCCAAAGAAUUCGUCAACACGGAAGAAGUGGUGGCCCCUUCCGAAAGUGCCGUGCAAAGCGUCGGAAAUCGUCAAACUCUUCCUUCGCUGGAUUUACGCAACCACACCUGCAUGCCGCCUGUCAAGAUCCAGUCUCCGUGCGGUGGAUGCUGGGCUUUCAUAGCCACGGCAGCAGUCGAGUUUCAGACGUGUAUCGCCAAUAACGGAACCAAAACUCCUCUCCUGCUCAGUGAACAACAGCUGAUUGAUUGCAGCAGCAGUUACGGCACAAAAGGAUGCAACGGUGGAUUCUAUUCGCAGGCGUGGGACUACCUCAUGGCUAUUGGUGGACAGGCGAGCAAUGCCACAUAUCCUUAUAAGGCAGCGGUCGGCAAUUGCAGUUUUGUCAAGGACGUUACUCCAACGGUUGGCAAAAUUUCACGAUACUCUUUUUUGGCUAAAAAUGAAACAGCCAUACUGACGGCAGUGCAAAAGGGUCCCAUCGCCGUGUCUAUCGUUACCAAUUCGAAUUUCACCCUCUACAAGUCAGGCAUUUUUGACGACGACACCUGCAAGAAUGGAACUGUCAAUCAUGGCGUUCUCAUUGUGGGUUACGGCAGGACCAACUCCACCGAUUACUGGAUAGUCCGCAAUUCGUGGGGAACAUCUUGGGGUAUGAGUGGCUACAUAUUUAUGAAGCGCAACGUCAACAUAUGUCGCAUAGCCGAGUACGCAUUUCUCGCCACCAUAUAAUAAGUGACAUCCGAUAUCAACGACUUCCAGCAGCCUUCCCAAAACAAUUUUACCUUAUUCCUCGACCCUUGCUUACUGAAUUACUAAAUGCAAUGCAGCUUGAAUAUAUAGCUCAUUAUUUAUAACCGCCUAUAAGAAAUCCGAGACCAAUUGUUGUUUAUGUGAUUACAUUUUAUGCAAACGAAAUUACACUCUACACACACGUU